AUGCCUUAUGCAACAAAACGAAGAUUAGAAAAAGAAAAAAAGUUAAAAAAAGAAGCAAGUAAGUGCCAAAAAAUAAAUACGUUUUUCCCAAAAAGAAGUAGUGGUGAGGCAUGUGAGAAAGGAGAUCCUUCCUUAAGCUCAUCAUUAGCAGAAGAAACUAGCGACGUUGCUACCGAGAGUUCGAGUUCUGAUUUGGAAGAGAAUACUGGCAACAUAUUCGAUAACACUUCCGACUGUCCUGUUACUCAGCAAGGCAAACAAACCUGUUUUACAUCCAGCAACAAUUCAGAUUCAGUGGAAAUUGGGGAAUGUGAAAACGAACAGGAUGAAAGUGGUUCAAAUGGUCGGCCCCAGUCACCCCAAAACCAAACUCAAAGCCAGGUUUAUUUGUACAGAGGAUUCCAGCUGGAUAUAAACGCUAUCAACAAAAAGAUAGGACCUGGUAUCCUUUACAUUUACAAAGAGAGAACGCGAAAGGGAAGUGCAGAACAUGCAAAAACAAGGUGCAUGGUAAAAUGUCUCGUUUGUUCUGAAUUUGAAGAAGAGGCCAAACGUUAUGCUGGGAACAAUAGAGUCUACUUGGCUGAUGGUGUCCGCUGUGACGGAAAAAAAACCCUGCAAGAUAUUGUAGAUCAUCUGCAUGGGGCAUCUCAUGCUGCUGCAUUGGAAAUGAAAAAGCUCUCCACUCAAUGGUCAAACAAUUCUGUGAAUCACCCUUGGUUGCGCACCCUAAAGAGUAAUGAUCCAAAUGUAAUACAGACACUGAUUCACAUGGCGGUCGAUGUUUACAAUGACAGCAAACUCCUCACCCCUGCCGCCAGCUCCUGGCCGUCGCGAUCUUUAGCUCAACUUCAUGCGGACACGCAGUUCAAGAUUUAUGGGAAUACUGAUGGUGAUGCGGCAUUUUCUCAGUUUCAACCAACUGCAGUAGAUUUACACUACCGUGAUCCUGUCCACUAUGCAGAAAUUUUGCAUAUCGAAGGAGACAUGGAAAGAGAAAAAUUGAAAGAAGAAUUGCAGAACUGCCUUCGUUUUGCCGUUCAGGUCGAUGGAUCGGUAGAUACGAAGCAACAAGAUAAGAAGUUUGUCUUUGUACGCUACAAUGAUAGAUCCUCUCCUCUUUCCAUCCAAACACGUCUUGUAAGUGCAAAGGAAGUUGAGAAACGUGGUGCUGAAGGACUAUGUGAUGCUGUCAUUAGUUCUUUGAAAGAUAUCGGCUUGACUGAUACACACAUUCGCGCGAGCUACUCCGGAGUUACAACAGAUGGCGAGUCGGCAAACACAGGUCGGAAUUCUGGUCUUUGGGCACGAAUGGAGGAGUAUGUUGGCCACCCUACUUUCAAUUUUUGGUGUGCUUGUCACAGGUCGGAUUUAGCCAUGGAAGACGUCAUUCGAUCUGUUCCAGAGUUAAAAAUUUGGAAUUCUAACGUAGUAGCCGUCUCAACGUAUUACCGCACUUCUGGCCUCCGCACUAAAGAGCUCAAGAGCAUAAUUCCAAAGAUGAAGUCCUUCCCAGCUCAUCACGAAGUUAGGUUUGCACAGCAUCUAAUACAACUGUGCGAAGCAGUCCUGAGCAAUCUUGACGGUUGUCGCCUUCAUUGGCAGAAAAUUGUUGAUGCAACAAGCGGAGAAUACGACAGGAAAGAGAAAGACAAGGCAAGAGGAUUCCUGAAGAAUUGGCACCCUUCAAGUAUUCAAACCUGGCUUACUGCCCUCAUGGUAGAUAUCUGCUCCGUAUUCAGGUACGUAGAAAAAGAAUGCCAGAAAAAAGACAUCAUCCUUCCUGAUAUCUUGAGGUACGUAGAUGUGGCAGUGCAAAAGUUGGAGCUCAUGGAUGUUAAACCAUACCCAGGUAAUUACGACAUCACGGUUUGUUUAAUAUAAUACAGUACAAUAUAAUUUGUUAAAUGUUAAAUUUACGAUUCCGGCAAUAAGUAGUAGAGUUUUAAUUAUUGCUUACUGCAAUACAGGUGGACAGGAAGAGCAAGUGGAGGAAAAACUGAACUCGGCGGGAGAGCAGAACAGAACUGAUGACCGAAGAGCAACUGCCCAUUCACUGGUGACAACAUUUCGUCGAAGCAAAGAAGCGAUUCGAGUUGAAAUUGUAGCAUCUUCAAAUAACUAUCUGAGAGUGAGUACAACGAAUUAUCACGAUAUUAUUAUAUUGUCAUUUUUCAUUACAAAUCAUACUCCAAAUACUUCAGUCUGAGUUAAACUUUUCAAUUCAUUCCCUAGAUCUCUUAGUUAUAGUACGACUUUUCGAAUAACGAAUAUUCUGGCAUGCAGGUUAUUCUAACUCAGUUAUUUUCAUAUUUCCCUUUAGAACAGACUGAACGAUGAACAAAAUGAUGUAGUAAAGCACAUCAUAAGUUUAACAACGGCUAAGACUGCGAUCGAGUUUGUGAAUGCAUCUGUUCCCCUUCUCGUCUCAUGUAAUGUGACAGAUAAAGAAGAGUUCAUCAAUGCGGUGCUGGAGAAUUUUGACUCUAUGAAGCCAAGCGAGGAAAUCCUAAAUCACGAUUAUGGUGUGCGACUGUAUUCCAUGUUGAGGGGUAGCCAACCUCCUGUAACAGAAUUUCUGUCAUGUUUCUGCGUUGUUUCACCACACAGCAUGACUGUAGAAAGGUCUGUGUCAACCUACAACAUGCUUUUCUCGGAUCUCAGGACGGCAACCUCAGAGAAGACAUUGGUUGACAGGUUGUUGAUUUAUUGGAAUGGUGUCCCAACUGCCCUUUACGACCCAAGACCAGCUGUACAGAAGUUCAUGCUAAGCAAAGAUAGAAGGAUGCAUUUGCCAACGGUGAGCACCUAUGUUGAAAGGGACUUUAUUAAGAAGUUUUUUAAGUAAACAAUACUCCAUAAUGAACAUAUCGAUCAUGUAUGUUACUGUUAUACAAUAUGUCAAAUGCAUCUUUAUCUUUACAAAUAUACAUGGAGCAUAUACAUAAUUGACAGCUUAGUGUAAUUUCCAGUUUAUGUAAAACUGCGG